UUGAGUUUUUCUUUCUUUUUAGCUGGACGCCCGGUUCGUGUGUACGCUGAUGGCAUAUAUGACUUGUUCCAUUAUGGGCAUGCGAAUCAACUGCGACAAGCAAAGAAUGCUUUUCCGAACGUUUAUCUGAUCGUUGGAGUUUGUGGUGAUGCAAAUACACUGAAAUAUAAGGGUCGUACUGUAACAUCGGAGGAUGAAAGAUACGAAAGUGUGCGUCACUGUCGUUAUGUGGAUGAAGUGUACAAGGAUGCUCCGUGGUAUUGCACAGUUGAAUUUCUCAAAGAACUGAAGGUAUUCGUGGCAGCAUGUACUGCUCGACGAUAUCAAUUACAGAAUCAGAUGGACCAGCUGAAACAGAAAAGUAUGGAAAUUUUAAGAACAUGGCGUAACAAGAGAGAUGAUUUCAUACGCGGAUUCCUGGAAACCUUGCAAAUGGAUGGUGGAAUUGGUUUUAAUGUAUGUCAUACGUUUAUUAAAAUCAUCCUACGCUAACU